GACAGUUCGGAGCGGAAGACAACACAGAAGAAGAAAUGGCGAUGCUAGGUAGCCUUGGUGCUGGGCAGCAAAAAAUAAACACACUCGGUGGGGACAGAGAUUUAACGGAAUUUCUUUGCCCUGUCUGCCUUGAAAUCUUCGACAGUCCUGUUAAAACACAGUGUGGCCAUACGUUUUGCAUGAGCUGUCUUCAGGAGUGUCUCCGGCCUCAGAAGCCUGUCUGUGCAGUGUGUCGAUCAGGGCUCGAGAAGUGGAGCAAAGCCAGCGACCUGGAUGCGGUCAUUCAUGCAUCUGCCGGUCCUUGCAAGGGCUGUGGCAUAGAGGUGCCGUUGGCCCAAAUGCGAAGUCACACUGCCUCUUGCUCUAAAUACCAAGAGUACAUUGAGGAAGGAGUAAAGAGCUCGGCCCAGACCCAGCCGCCUGUAAUAAGCCCUCUGCCAAACCGCUACACGUUUGCCUGCCCGUACUGCGACUCCCCAAACCUGGACCAGGACGGGCUCAUGGAGCACUGCACAUCGCACCAUGCCAGAGACCCACGCCAAGUGGUGUGCCCGAUCUGUGCCUCCAUGCCCUGGGGAGACCCCAACUACAGGAGUGCAGACUUCUUGCAGCAUCUGAAGAUCAGGCACAAGUUCUCCUAUGACACCUUUGUGGAUUACUCCACAGAUGAAAGUGUAAUGAUCCAGGAGGCUCUGCAGCGUUCUCUGAUGGACCAUUGAGACACUCCCUCUGUCUGUGAAGGACGCAAGAGGAGCCAUCGCCAUAAGAGGAGCAGAAGCAGGAGAAGAAGAUUGCUGUGGUACCUCGUGUCAAACAUAAUAACCAAGCGUGUGCCUAUCCCCACAUCCCAUGACCAUCCAAAAAAAAAAAUACACUGCACCUUCCACUCGCUCCAUUGGACGGAUAUAAUGUGUGUCCCCUAAUCGUAAUCCAAAACACCUGGCGCUGAGCGGUAUACUCAAAUUAGUAAAUUGUAAAUGGAGUCAUAUAGAGUAUUUAGUAUAUGUUGGAGAUUCUUUUUUGAAAAAGUUAAAAUAAUAAUUAAAAAAAUCUAUCAUUGUUUUAUUAAAACUAUUGUAGGAAUAUCUUGAGUAAACUACUAAACAG